AUGGCUGCUGAAAAUCAAAACAACAUUGUAAAAUUCCUUAUUACCUUGUUAAAUUCAGUGGUAGCGAUCGCUGGGCUGAAUAUAUAUUUAGCAGCCAUUUACGAUGGUUACCAUCGUCUUCGCCAACGCCAUUUACGGUCUAUUCUCGAUGGCAGUACAUCAAAACUUUCAAGGAUAAAGAAAGUUCUGAAAAAAAGACGGCGACUUCGAAGAUUCUGGACAAGACCUGGCAGGACUAGUGCGUGGUGGGACAACUUCGUAAAAGAUCUUGUAGUUCCUGAAGAAUGGAAUGAGAAUUUUCGAAUGUCUAGAGAAAGUUUCUUGCUUUUAUGCACAGAGCUGCAUCCAUUUCUUUCGAAGCAGACAACCCAUUUACGAACACCAAUAUCUGUCGAGAAACGGGUUGCAGUGACAUUGUAUUACCUAGCAGACGAAGGUAGAUACCGGAAAGUAGCCAAUGCGUUUGGAAUUUCAAAAGCUUCAGUUUCUCUUAUAGUGAGAGAAGUUUGUACCUUGAUUGCAACUAUUCUAGGGCCUAAAUACAUCAAGGUACCAACCACUGAGGAAGAGGUUAUCACAGCUGUAGACAAAUUUGAGCAAAAAUUUGGUUUCCCUCAAUGUUUGGGGGCAAUUGAUGGGACACACAUUUUCAUUAAACAGCCCAAAGACAACUCAACUGAUUAUAUGAAUCGCAAAAACAGAUACUCUUUAAAUGUACAGGCUGUUUGCAACCACAACUACAUGUUCACAGAUGUUAAUGUUAAAUGGCCUGGAAGUGUCCAUGAUGGAAGGAUAUUUGCCAAUUCCAGCAUCAACGAGAAAUUAAGGUCUGGUGUCAUUCCUCCUUGUCCAAGAAGAAUUCUAGAUGAUGAAGAACCAGUUCCUGUGUGUUUGCUUGCUGACCCUGCUUAUCCUCUUCUUCCAUAUAUCAUGAAAGAGUUACCAGGAGGUGGUUGCACUGAUGAAGAGAGAUUCUUUGGCUGGCGACUUUCAUCUGCCCGUAUUGUCAUAGAGUGUGCCUUUGGCCGCUUAAAGGCUAGGUUUAGAGCCCUCCAAAGAGAUAUGGAUAUCGAAUUACCCUACCUACAAUAUGUUGUCUUCUCAUGCUUUGUGCUCCAUAACUUUUGUGAAGCCCAGAAAGAUGUAUUGGCAGAUGAAGUCAUUUUCUCAGCAGUGAGAGAAGAAAGGGAAGUGCAACCAACUAUCCAAGGCAACAGAUAUUCCCUUGCUACAAAUGAUGAAGGGGGUGGCAAAAAAAUUAGAAAUAUUUUUGUUAAAUAUUUUCAGUAG